AAUAAAAGAAGACCUGCUUGCUAGGGUUGGUUAAGAGGUCUAUCGGAUCACAUCAUCAUCAUAAGUGAAAAUUCGCAAUCUCUUGCAAGCUUCCUCCGGAUUAGGGUUUCGAUUCCAUUCUCCUGGUUUUGAUUAUUCGGUGUUGUGUAUAUCGACUCGAUAUGCCUCCUCGGGCGAUAAAGAGGGGCGGAGCCGCGGCGGGAACGAAGCGGGCGCCGAGAGCUGCCAAGAAAGCGCCGGACCAGUCUCCGGCUGAAGCUGUGCCGGAAGAGCCGGUGAAGGUGGAGGAACCGGUUGAGGUAGCUGCGUCCGUCCAAGAGGAGAAGCCAAUUAAGGAGGAGAAACCGGUCGUCAUGGAAAAACCAGUUGGCGAAGAUGAUAGGAAGAAGAAAGCAGAGGCGGUCAUCACUAACGGAUCGAUCUCCGGCAUGAAAGAAGAUGAAGCAAGAGAGGCCAUUGAAGAUUACGGGAGAGAUGAACGUUUGGAUCUGGAGUAUAAUGAUCCUGAGUAUGAGCCUGAAGAAUAUGAUGAUAGAGAGAUGGAACAAGAGUAUGCCAAGGAUGUGGAGCAUGGACGAGAGGAGGAUCCUGAGGAGGAGCAUAUCAUGGAGGAGGAAGAGGUUGACAUGGUUGAGGAGUUGGAAGAUACUCAUGAAGAGCUUGAGGUUGAAGAAGAAGAUUACGAGGAUGAUCAUGGUGGUGAAGAUCAUGAGAAUGAGCAUGAGCACGAACAUGAGCAUGAGGACAGGCAUGAGCAUCAAGAGAUUCUUGAUGUAGAGGAAGAGCACCAUGACGCUUUUAAGGAGAGGCGCAAGCGCAAAGAAUUUGAAGUAUUUGUUGGUGGAUUAGACAAGGAUGCUACUGAGGAUGAUCUCAGGAAAGUCUUCAGUGCAGUUGGUGAGGUCACUGAGAUCAGGUUGAUGAUGAAUCCUCAAACUAAGAAGAACAAAGGGUUUGCAUUCUUGCGCUUUGCGACCGUUGAGCAAGCAAAGCGAGCUGUUACAGAACUUAAAAAUCCUGUGAUUCAUGGAAAACAGUGUGGUGUUACGCCAAGUCAGGACAGUGAUACUCUUUUCCUGGGUAACAUAUGCAAGACCUGGACAAAGGAAGCAUUGAAAGAGAAACUGAAACAUUAUGGGGUGGAGAAUGUUGAUGAUGUGACGUUGGUGGAAGAUAGUAAUAAUGAGGGGAUGAAUCGGGGAUUUGCUUUUCUGGAAUUUUCUUCUCGUUCUGAUGCAAUGGAUGGUUUUAAGAGGCUUCAGAAAAGAGAUGUCCUGUUUGGAGUUGAUAGGCCAGCUAAGGUUUCCUUCGCGGAUUCUUUCAUUGAUCCCGGUGAUGAGAUAAUGGCACAGGUUAAAACUGUGUUCAUUGAUAGCCUGUCUGCCUCAUGGGAUGAGGAUCGUGUGCGGGAGCUUUUAAAGAAAUAUGGUCAUAUUGAAAAGAUUGAGCUUGCCCGUAAUAUGCCAUCUGCUAAGAGAAGGGAUUUUGGAUUUGUUACGUUUGACACUCACGAUGCAGCAGUGACCUGUGCUAAAAGCAUCAAUAAUGCAGAAUUGGGAGAUGGUGACAGCAAGGUCAAAGUCAGGGCCAGACUGUCGAGACCUCUUCAGAGAGGGAAAGGGAAACAUGUCAGUCGUGGAGAUACACGCUCUGGACGUUUGAGUAGUCGAGUUGUUGGAAGUUCAUGGCACCGUCCACCUCCACGUAGCUUUCCUACACGGCCAGCAAGAAGUAUUGGAAGUCGUAUCCCCUCGACCAGCUUAAAGAGACCUGUUGUAGUGAGAGAUAGGCGUCCUGUAGUGACCAUGCCACCACCAAGACCCAGACCGUUGCCUCCUCCGUCUAGAUUCUAUGAUCGAAGAGCUCCUGUUCCCUCCUAUCCGAAGAGUAGCAUGAAGAGGGAUUAUAGUCGGCGUGAGGAGCUUCCCCCUCCUAGAAGCAGGGUUCCUAUGGAUUACGGUUCGAGGGUCAUCCCUGAGAGGCGCACAUCAUAUAGAGAUGAGUACCCCCCUCGUGGGUCUGGUUAUCCUGAUAUGCAUAGAAGUACAUCACGUGCUGUGCCGAGAAGAGAGUAUCCUGAUGAUGGCUAUGGGCAAAGGUUUGAUAGGCCUCCAACCUACCGAGAAGGCCGUCCCCGUGAUUAUGAUUCUAUCUCUGGCUCAAAACGUCCAUAUUCUGCAAUGGAUGAUAUUCCUCCUCGCUAUGCUGAUCCUGGUAUUCGUCAAUCAAGAGCUCGUUUAGACUAUGAGCUUAGUGGUGGUUCCUCCCAUUACAGUGAUGCCUAUAAUGACAGGCUUGGCAGAUCCAGUAUUGGAUAUAGCAGCAGCAGAAGUUCCAUAUCCAGUCAAGAUUCACAUGGCCUUUAUAGCAGUCGACAUGGAAUGGGAUAUGGAGGUUCUUAUGGUAGCAGUGAUGUUGGUGGAAUGUACUCGUCAAGCUACGGGAACGAUUACAUGCCUCGCGGAUCUAAUGUUGGUAGUGGUUCUUACUCCUCAUUGUACUCGAGUCGUGGUGGCAGCGGCAGCAGUUACAUGGGACCUGGUGGUUCAGGCUCAUACUAUUGAGGUGUACUCCAAUAUGCUUUCCCCGAGUGAUGUAAGUGGUGGACACAAAGGUUCUACGGUCACAAGUAAAUUUGUCCAUGGAACAGAUUUGAACUGUCAAAGAAGCCUCUGGUAUAAGGGGUGGAUCAUUUGAAGCUACCAUAAGGAUGGCUAGGUUUGGCAGAAGAGGAACCAUCCCUAUGUUGGUCUAGGAAAAUCUCCAAGCUUACUGUGUGGUAUAUUGCUCAAGCCUCACUAUGGAACUGCUUCAGCCAAAUCUUAUCAGGCCGUUUUUCCUAUUAUGUAAGGAAAUUUGAGUCAUUUAGAGAUGAAAACCAAAGUCAUAGUUUGUUUAUUUUGUUACAUUAUCUGUGGAAGAAGCCUCUUGAAGAAUGGUAUGAGGGUGUGCUCCAUAACUCUCGAGUUGAAAAGAGUAUUUUACAAGAGACUCGUGCAUUAGUUGGUUCAAGUUAUCAAUUUAUGGUUCCAAAUCCAUUGGUAAAGAUUUGUGGAAGCUGUGGAGGUCUGAUUUAUCAUUUCAGAGAAUGAGCCUAUUGCAGUUUGAUUUCUUGGAUCAUCAAUGUGGCUGAUUGAACCACAAUGGCUGACUGGGUAAAGCCCAGCAAAAUCAAUUAUUUCUAAAACGUACCAGCGUGUGGCAAACUACAGGAUGCCCCUUUAAUAAGCGAUGCUUGGCAUGGAACUCCUUUUGCUAAGUAGUGCCUCAAGGCUGUUUGGAUAUCUACUGCAUACUGGUAUUGCAAUUUGCCCUAAGAUUUCAUACAAGGUGCAACAAACAUCAGUCCUAUAAUUGGAAACAAACAGCUCAACAAGUUUCCUGUCACCAUGAACAUCUUUUCGACAUUGUGAUACUCUUGUUUUGCUUCGUCACUAGCUCAUAAGGAAAGAGCUUUGAUCUGCCUUUUCUUCAUAGAAGUGUGGUUCUGUUGGAGUUGAUUGUGGACUUCCAUGGGACAGAAUGCUUGGACUGUAUUCUAUCGUCUUUGGACUGCACUUCAUCGUAUCAUUUUUUACAGAUAAAGAAAUACUUGAUCAUCCGAAUCUCCAAGCAUCUUGUUCCCAGACUUGAGCCUUGAUCCCACGCUGUGAUUUCUAUAGAGGAAGAACUUUGGAUUCCUCUGUUGCCUUUGCCUCCACAUCCACUUUUUUUUAUUCCCAUUGUUGACUAACGGAUGCAUACCCGGUCAUAAAUUAAUUUGAAGAGAAAAAAGGUUUUACUUACAUGGUUAGUCGUUAACUGCCUUUUCACUCGAGUGAUAUCUUUUACGGACUUAGAGCAACCUGCUGCAGCUUAAAGCAAUGUGGUUUUUUGGAAUUUACCAAUUGGAAUGGUAUUAGUUUGGUUGUGGAGGUCACCAAAAGUCUUAAGAUGACUCGAUUUUCUUCGGAGACGUAUCUUACCUGAUUGUGUAAAGUUGUAUGCACUCUGAAUUCUUUC